CUAAUAUGAAAGAAAAUUGCCUGAUCUAGAUUUUGUUGUUGCAAAAUUUAGAUUUCAGUAAUAUAUAUAAAAUGUAAGACACAGAUGAUAGAAAUGUCAACCACAGAAAUAUAUCGAAUUGUAGUUUUAGUAGGUUUGGGUAUAAGACAGCAUAGAAUAUUUAAUGAAAGAAUAAAGCAUGAGAGUUAAAGUCCCAUGUAAGGAACAAAGUUAUAUUAAGACAAUUUAGUGAUACAUAGUUUAAUGGUACUUGGACUACUGGAGAAAACUGAGUGGGAGAUGCACUUAGAUACAACUUGCUCUGGAGAAGAGGUUAGAAGAAAGAACUAGAGCAUGUGGAAGUCAAGUGGCCCAAGAAACUUUGUAUUUGUGGACAGAAUAAUAGGAAGAUCUGAUUACCAGUCUUAAUGAUGAUGUAUUAAAUUACUGACAAUUUUAGCAAGGGUUCUGACAUUUUGGCAUCUCUGUUCUUGAAUUCAUUUGUGAAAGAAUUCCCAUCCCCAGAGGUCAGAUACCUUAAAACCUGUGCAAGAUUUGUGGUGACUGAAAGCAAGAGAAAAAUAUUUUAAACUUGCUCUGCAUUUUUAGUUGCAUUGUAGAAAUUAAGUUUUCUGCACACAAGCAUAUGGGUCUUCAUGUUAUAUCUGUGUUGCAUUAUCUAUGAUUCAUGGCAUAUAUCAGGAUUAAGAAAUAAAAGUUCAGUUCAUCUGCUAUAGGAAGCCUUUGUACUGCUUUCGUGGAACCUAUUCCAGUGACUACCUACUCAAGAUGGUAGUCCUCCCUCCCAGCUGUGUAGGAAAAAAAAAGGCAGGUGAAGUCAGUUGUUGCCACAAAUCCUUGUUCUCUGUCUUCCAGGUUGCUUUGAGGUCCUUCACCAAAGAAUGAAACCAAGUAUUAUCUGAAUAGUACUUAACCUCUUAAGAUGUGAUCCUAGGCCAUUUGAGCAUUUUGGGCAUCAUGUCCAAGGCUGCUCAGGUAGCUUGUUUACUGUCAUAUCUACUGGAGUGCAGAGUACCUGACAGAUCCCAGUACCCCUUACCCUGUAUUGCUGGGUGGGCUGUUGUCCUAAUGAAGAUCUGUUUUUCCCACAAGGUUUCCUCAGUGGAAGAAUUUAUGUUUCCUGUGCAAAAAUGACUUGAUUCUAUGUGAACAUAAUGGUGCGUGUUUCAAUUUGGUUUGAAUACUUUUUGUGUUUCACUUAAGCUUUGCUUGUCAUGACUUUUGGAGCUGGAAGAAGGAUAAUGUCAGUCUGGCAGGCCACUGAUGAUCUGGGCUAAUGGAGACAUCUGAGUGUGUAGGCAUUGUGUUGCUGUCCAGCCUGGUACCAGUUUGAUAGUACUUGUACAGGUAUAGAGGAAGGGAGAUGUAUGGUGGCUACUGGUUUCUGACUUUUCAGCUGCUUGACUUCUUUAUAUGGUGUUGGGGAUGUCAUUUUUUGAGAUAGCUAGCAGUAUACUUGGGGGUUUAAGGGGUAAGGAGAUCUAGUCAUACAACUUUUCUCGUGUCUAAUCUGCAUUUGAGCUAAAAGUUCUUUAUGCAAGAACAAAAACUCGUUUUUGGAGGGAGGAAAUAGAGGGGAUUCAUCCUGCCAUUUGAAGGGUAGGGCUGUGAUGGAGAUACCGACUUCAUGCCCUGUGGGUCUUAAGCUGUGCCCUCUGAUGGAAUGUCUGAUGGGGUGCAUUUUUGGUCUAACCAUCUCUCCAGUUCACUAGUGAGCUUUGAGCAAGGAGUACUGCCUUGAAAAGCUAGCACAAGAAAACUGUUCCUCCAACCUUGUCUUCCUUAUCGUGGAAGAUUAAUCCUGUCAUCCAUUGUUGGGCUCUCUGUUGCAGUGAGGAAAGUUGAGUUCAUGAGGGACAAAACUGUGUUGUCCUUCAGGAAGGUGCGCCAGAGACUAAAUGGAGUCAUGCAUGGCCUUGAAGUUGGUACAUGGUUUCUUGAUUAGGAAGUGCCUAUUUUCCAUACUUGUGGUUUUUUUGGAUUUGUGUACCUCUUCAGUCAGACUAACCUGGUUUGCUUCCUGUUCCUCUCUGUUAAAACAUCAGCUUUUGAAAUUGUCAGUGGGGAAGAAGGGUGCAACUGCAGUAUGAAAAGGGGGAAAGUUUUGCAUGACCCAGCUAGAAUACUGAGCUAAAUGCUAGAAAAUUGAAGUAGGCGUCCUAGCCAGUUCAAGUGGAUGUUGACUUUGAAACCCUUGAACCUAUAGAGUUGCUAUAUUUGAAGAGUCUUCAAACUGUCUCCUUUCACCUCACUGAAUCUUCUGUUUUCAUGUGUUAGUAGGCUUGAGAGGACUGCAGAUGUCUAAGACUGAAGGGGAGUGUCUGCAAUAAGAUGCAGUUAUGUCUUGAAGAACGCAUAUGCAUUUUGACAGAGCUGUAUUGCCUUGGAGAGUGUUUAGCUAGAAGGCUUGAGAGAGCUAACACAGGUGACUGGGACAGCAAAUAAGAGCAGUAAACAUAGUUGGCAAGAUUUUGUGGCUGGUAGAGCGCAGUUGAAAAAUUGUCCCUGUUAAAAAUCAGUCUUACCUAAAGUAUUGGUUAAGUAUUGGAAUUGUUCACAGCUUAUUUGAGAUGUGAAUAGCUGUUUGUGUGAUCCAGUCAUCGUUUUGGUAAAACUUUUUCUGAGCUUCAAUACUGACUGUGUUCAAACGGUGCUAACUUGACAUUUAAUAUAACCAAAGUAAUCACUUUGCUUAGCUGGCUUUGAACUUUUUUUUAUAUGAAAGAGGGCAAUGAAAAGAGAGUGUAAUUUUUUUCUGAGUUUUGGGAGUUUUUUUCUUGUAUAUGAGCUAAUUAGUAAUGCACAUUGGUGCUCUCUUGCUCAGAGAAUUAGUUAUGUUGGUGGAAGUGGUUGUGUCUAAAUUAACCUGAAUAUUUAGGAACAUAAAAAUGAUUAUAGUUUGUUGGAGUCUCACUUGAACUGAUCCCUUAAUGCAAUGGAGGUGCUUGUUUUCUUUGCAGAAGACUUCUGAGUUGAUCUUUUUAAUAUGGUUUCUAGGAUAAUUUAAGUUACCCAACUGCUAGGAUAAUCAGUCAUUUCUGUAAGAAGAGAUCCUUUGUUUCUGUAGAUUAGUCCAUUGCCAGGUAAUGCCCUUGCCUUGUUGUACAUGCAUUAUUUUUUCAGGACCCCUUGCAAGUGUUUGUUGGCUUUGUUCCUGAUGCGUACUAGCUUUAGAGUAUCCUAAUACUCUUUAAGUAUUUUGCAGGAAUGUUAAGAGUUUCUAGAAACACUUCAUACUGAGUGAAGACUUUCUUUUAAUCUAUGUAUACAUUUUUAGUAUUCCUACGAAUAUUUGCAUUUGAUAAAUAAUUUGCACUUUCCUGCUUUUGUCCUUUUAGCAUGGUCACCAGGCACUAUUAAGCUCUUUCAUGCCUUUACUAAUUGCUGUUUCUUGUUCAACUGUCCACAGUUUUUCAGUUGUCUUCUCACUGCUUACCUGGAAUAGGCAAGUCUGCUUUGGCUGUCUCUUCAUUUCUGCUGAAAGCUUCUGUAGAUUAAUUUCCGCAGCAGCAAUCACAAGGCAGGUAAUUGCUGCCAUGGAAACACAACUGUCUAAUGGACCAACUUGUAAUAACACAGCCCAUGGUUCAACUACCAUAAACAAUUGCUCAUCACCAGUUGAUUCUGGGAACACAGAAGACAGCAAGACCAAUUUAAUAGUCAACUACCUUCCACAAAACAUGACACAGGAGGAACUAAAAAGUCUGUUUGGCAGCAUUGGGGAGAUAGAAUCCUGCAAGCUUGUCAGGGACAAAAUAACAGGCCAGAGCUUGGGUUAUGGUUUUGUGAACUAUGUUGACCCCAAGGAUGCUGAAAAAGCUAUCAAUACCCUGAAUGGAUUGAGACUUCAGACUAAGACUAUAAAGGUUUCUUAUGCACGACCAAGUUCAGCUUCUAUCAGAGAUGCAAAUUUGUAUGUUAGCGGACUUCCAAAAACAAUGACCCAGAAAGAACUGGAACAGCUCUUUUCCCAGUAUGGACGUAUUAUUACUUCUCGUAUUCUAGUCGACCAAGUCACUGGGAUGUCACGGGGCGUGGGGUUUAUCCGGUUUGACAAGCGAAUCGAAGCAGAAGAAGCUAUCAAGGGCUUGAAUGGCCAGAAACCUCCAGGUGCCACAGAGCCCAUCACUGUAAAGUUUGCUAACAAUCCAAGCCAAAAAACCAAUCAGGCCAUUCUUUCCCAGCUGUACCAUUCUCCAAACAGAAGGUAUCCCGCCCCCCUAGCUCAGCAGACUCAACGUUUUAGGUUGGACAAUCUGCUCAACAUAGCUUAUGGAGUAAAGAGGUUUCCUCCAAUGACCAUUGAUGGAAUGACCAGUUUGGCCGGAAUUAAUAUCCCUGGACAUGCAGGAACUGGAUGGUGCAUUUUUGUGUACAACUUGGCCCCUGAUGCUGAUGAGAGUAUCCUCUGGCAAAUGUUUGGACCCUUUGGAGCAGUAACCAAUGUGAAGGUCAUCCGUGACUUUAACACCAACAAGUGCAAAGGUUUUGGAUUUGUGACUAUGACAAACUAUGACGAGGCAGCUAUGGCAAUAGCCAGCCUGAACGGAUACCGCCUUGGUGACAGAGUAUUGCAGGUCUCCUUCAAAACAAACAAAACGCACAAAGCCUAACAAGUUAUUUUCAGUGCAUUAAUACAUGAAAACUAUACAACAAAGGCGAUUUACAAGAAGCUUUAUGCAUUAGUAAAUGCCUUUGUUGUAUGCCAGUGUGGAUAUGGGGAUAAAAUGACUACUUAGCAUCCUAAGAAUAUGUGAGAUUUUUUUAUUGCUAAUAUUUGAAUUAGAACUUCUUAACUAUCUUUUGUGUUUGAGUAUUGACAAGAGGUGCAGGGUUUUUGCCUGUCACAAUGCGUAUUCUAUUGCCUUCUUUGAAGAAGGUCGACCUUUUGAAAUGUUUCAAAGGGAAGAAGUUUUUUUUUUCUUUAUACAUGACUGCCUUUAACCUAUGAGUAAAUAUCAAGGCUUUGUGUAAUGCUAUAAUUUUUCUUUUAUCAUUUCUUGAUUUGCUUUGUGUUCAAUUUACAUUUUAAUGUGUUAUUGUUUUGUUUUGUUGUUUAAGAAAAAUAUCUGAAGUUUACAUUUUAUUUAUAAAGUUGUGAGCAGUAUUUAUUUCAUCGUCUUCAUUUGGGUUGGGGAAUGGGAACACAUUAUAAAAGCUUAUUGUAAGAAUAUUGAAGAACUUUUCAUAAAGCAGUACCUUGCCAAAGAGAUAAGAGCCUCUUUGAUGUGGGUUUAAAAAAGCAUCUAUUUUUGUAAAAAAAAUAAAAAAUUUGGAGAAACUUUUUACAGGUCCUGGAACAAAUAUUUUGACUUGAAUACUUUGAGAAAUCUCUUCAUAUGACACCUAGUGAGCUUUUAAAACUUACCAGGAAAUUUGCAGUUGUUGGGAGAAAAUUUAGAAAGAUUUAUGAUGUAGAACCACUUUUGAGACCUUUGUAUUAAGAAGUAAAGUCAAUGGAAUACACUGUUGGUUUCAUUUUUUGCAAUCAUCAGUGGAGUCAUUGAUCAUCCUGGUUAUUAAGUGAUAGGUGGCUCACUUUAAUUUGUGAUUUUGAAGCAAAUGAAAAUUUAAAAAAAGAAUAUACAAGCAAGCAGAAAACUUAGAACACUGAGAUAUGGGGGAAAAAAAAAUCUGUUCUUCCUAAAGAAUUCCCUUCAGAUAGAGCUCAUGGUGUUUAGUGAUGUACUUGCUAUUGUUUGAAGAAUUGUUUUGUCUUAAGAAAAGACACUGAGCAUGGUUCGUGCAGUAGCAAAUCAGCAGAAGUGGCCUGAGUUGGAUACAUUAGGAGGUAUUUUGAAAGUUAUGUUCAAGGCUAACACCUGAGCUUUGUGUAAUGUAAAUAAGACUUAAGUUAUGAACCUUUCAGCUAAUUUUGAUUAUAGGGUUUUUUUUAAGUUACAUGCCAAGUGAUGUUCAAUUUUGAAUGUUUUUGUAUAAGUUUUUUCUUUGUAAAUGGCAUUAACAUUGUUACUUGAGGUCUGCUUCUUUUUUUUCUUUUUUCUUUUUUUUUUUUUGUCCUGAGGACUUGAAUUUACAGUGCAUCAGAUCUGUUGCUAUUUUUGUCUGUAGAUAGUCUAGCUUCAGCUGUUUAUGGUGAUGCAACUUUUUUGUUUAUAAAUAUGUUUGUGGUAAAAAAAAACAAGUAUAAACAUACGUUUUGAGCAAAUUUCCUUACAUUUUUCAUAUGAAAACCAUAAAUACCUGUAUGCUAUUGAAGUUUAACUUUGUAUGAUGCUUAAAUCACUAUUUGGGGAAAUAGAAAAAGUCUUUACCAUGUAUUGAAGAAAUUUAAAGAAAACAAAUACAGAAUAUUUUCUGAUUAGCAUCUAGCUUAUAAUUAAAUUUUUUAAAAAAAGCUGAGGGUUUGAUGCCUUCACCAGGAUGCACUGACAACUAUGUAGUUACGUCCUGCUUUUUGUAUAAACUGAGAUGCUCAUAUGCUUCCCCUUA